CUGUGCGUGAUGACGUCAGACACCCGUGGACUGGCGGUCUGCCAUCUUUGAUUGUGAGACAGGCCGCGGCGCAAGCAGCACUCAACGAGAGCAGCACUGUCUCACACGAGAUAACGGGUGGGCAAAAAAAAAGACAGAAACACAAGUCGUGAUCCCCUUAACGUCCAAACAACGGUGGAAACCCCGGGAAAGAAGAAAGGGCACCGUGUUGGCACAGAAUAGAUUUGAGGCCCGUGCAAGUCGAGGAGAAAUGGUUGGAUGCUAGCUACUGUACCACGCUAGUUACCUAACUAGCUACCGUUAGCAAGUUAGCCAGUUUUUGUAAUCCGCCGGCCACACACUCGGCUUGGAUACUACAAAACAAGCCGAACCCAGACGACAUACUAGAAGAAGAGAGACCGGCGGUGACAGGAGGCUGGUUCUGGGGGUGAGACCAGAGGACCAGACUCAAUGAGUUUCCAGCGAAAUGUCAGAGAAGUCAGGGCAGAGCACCAAGGCAAAGGAUGGCAAGACCAAGUAUGCAACCCUUAGCCUCUUCAACACGUACAAGGGCAAGUCUCUGGAGACCCAGAAAACUGCAGUGGCUGCCAGACAUGGGCUCCAGAGUUUGGGUAAGGUUGCUGUCAGUCGGCGCAUGCCCCCCCCUGCCAACCUGCCCAGCCUGAAGGCAGAGAACAAGGGCAACGACCCCAACGUUAACAUUGUCCCCAAGGACGGCAGCGGCUGGGCCUCCAGACCCGAGGGAGGAGACGAGAGGCAGUCCGAUACCCCCCCACCCCAGCCUAACCCAGGGCCCCCCCAACCCCCAGAGGUCUCGUCCUCUAUAGGGUGCAGCAGAUCCUGGGCCAACAGCAAGCUGCCACCACCACAGCUAGAUGGAGGAGCCCCUCGUGUGAGCAGCCAGUUCCACCAGGAGUUCCCCAGUUUGCAGGCGGCCGGAGAGCCGGAGAAAGGGGAGGGGCAGGAGGAAGAGCCUUAUGGACCUGGACCCAGCCUCCGACCUCAGAAUGUUGGUAGUUGGCGCGAGGGCGGGGGAAAGAAUCUGACCACCUCAGCUAGCCCUUCUGAGAUGGACAGCUGUGGGCCAGAGGAGGGAGGGGCAGCGCUCAGCACCCCCUCACCCCCUGGGGAGGUGGAGGAGAGGGGCAGGGUGCCCCCUAUUGAGAAGAAAGAGGAGARGGAGAGGCUGCCCCUGUCUGCCAAGCCUGCACCCCUCUCCUCUCAGCCCAAGCUACAACCCCCCUCUGUUCCAGCCCAGCCUAAACUCAAUGGGGGCCAGCAGGCCCAUGCCGGUGUGCCUCCCCAGUUCCACCCCCAGUUCAGGGGCAUGAUGCCACCCUACAUGUUCAAUGCGUAUCCCAGGAUGCCCUUUGCUCCAGUGCCAGGGAACAUCAGAUACCCUGUUCCACAGGAUGGAGCCAGGAGAGUCCGUCCCCAGCACGGGCCCCCCCAGGCCUGGAUCAAGGACCCAGAUAGACCCUCCAUCAUCAGCGCCACAGAGCUCAAAGAGCUUGACAACCUGGACACAGAGGCUGACGAGGGCUGGGCUGGAGCUCAGAUGGAGGUCGACUACACAGAGAAACUCAACUUCAGUGAUGACGAGGAGAACCAUGCCGCCAAAGAGAAAGGGGAAAACUGGGAGUGGAUGGGUAAAUUGGAGCGGAUGAGGGCGCAGCGCACGUCAGACGGCCAGGAGGGCAGCAAAGGCUCAUGGGUAGAUAGAAGGGACCCCAGGGUGCUUUCCCCAGGCAGUAAGGGGGUGUACAAGACCGGCCCACCACAGGACCAUCAGGGUCAGCCAGGUGGGCGCUCGGUGGGCAGCGGAGCCCCUCGCGUGGCCAAACCCCCCACCAUUGCUCCCCCUGCUGGUGAGGAGGAGUGCGAGGCCUGGCGCCAGAAACACAAGAAGCAGGACCUGUCGGAAGCGGUAGAAAGAGCCAGGCGGAGGAGAGAAGAGGAGGAGAGGAGGAUGGAAGAGCAGAGACUCGCCGCUUGCGCAGAGAAACUCAAACGCCUCAACGAGAAACUCCGCCCGGCAACAGAUGCCAAGCCCGGCCCUGCCGCCGAGACAACCAAUGAAGAGACUGGAGCUGUGUGUGAAGACACACCUCUUUUGUCUGUUCUUCCCCCUGUCUCCAACCCUGCACCAUCACAGCCUGCCCCUUCCUCUCAGCUCCCGAACAUAUCAGCCCCUCUCCAAGACCGAGAGAGUGUGGAGAGGGAAAGGAUUGAGAGGGAGAGAGAGAGGGUGGAGAGAGUAGAGCCUAGUGCGAAGGAAGAGAGUCAGUUUGUGCCUCGCCAGCCCAGCCCUCCAGUCCAGAGACCAUUGUCCAUACCCCCAGAGCCUCGGCUCGGAGAGGGUCCCCUGCGCUUGGUGGGCCCCCUGAGUGAGGUGAGCCCUCUGGUAGAGGAAUGCCAGACUGAGAGACUGACGCCCAUGCCUAUCAGAGACUACUUCAGCACCGAUGAGAGCAGAGUGGAGGAACCUGUGCCACUCACUCUGCCCCUUAUGGACCCCCUCAGUGGUGGAGAGGACGCCCCUGUGGCCCCCCUGGACCUUGAGGGAGAGGUGGGGGCUGCCAUGCGCCCCUCUCUCACCUCUGGAUACUCUAAACAGUUCCAGAAGUCUCUGCCCCCGCGCUUCCUCCGGCAGCAGGAGCAGAUGAAGCAGCAGUGGCAGCAGCAGCAACAGCAGCAGGGGGGUGGUGGUGGGGCUGUGUCCCCAUCAGGAGGAGGUGCGGGUGGAGGAUGUGUAGCUGCCUCCCAGCAGCAGCACCGCUCCCUGUACCAGCCCGUCGGCCCCCCUCACCACCAGCAUCAGCAGCACCUGGCUAACAUGGGCUUUGACCCCCGCUGGCUCAUGAUGCAGUCAUAUAUGGACCCCCGCAUUAUGUCUGGAAGACCACCGCUCGACAUGCCAAACAUGCACCCUGGACCUGGGCGGAUUCCUCCUAAGCAGAUAGUUCGUAGAGAGCCAGGAGACAGCUCCAGUUCUGACUCCUUCGACCACCUGACCAGGCCCAUACGGGACCAUAGUCUCCCUUCUGAACCGCGCAUAGUAUGGGGGUCUGACCCAUACCCCCAAACUGAACCCCUGCUCUCUGUCACACCCCCUAAAGGACGGGAGGACGAGGACAGCAGAUUGGACUCGGGGUUGGAGAUGGAAAGGGGUCUCCCAGCCAUGUACCCCAGCCAGGAUCACAAUCCCCUGAAACCCUGUGGCAAAUCAGACCUUUUCAGAGACCCCACAAAGCCCCUGUCAGGAUUCGGCCCAGGCCCAGAGGAGGCUCCAGAACCCCUGCAGACAGAAAUAGGGCCUGGUGGGUCUCCCUUUGAGCCAGUGGAGCCUAGCCUGCCCACUGGAGAGGUGGAGGCUCUGGGACAGGCCAUGCUACAGAGUACUAUCUCCCAGGGCUCCAGCCACUCCCUCAAACUGGAUGAGCCCAGGUUCGACAGCCUCCACCUGGGCACAAAGACACUUGAGCUCCAGGAUCCAGAAGAGAGGCCAGGCGCGGAAGAUAUAAAGGCCAGUAAAGAGCCUUUCUCCCAGGCUGCUGUGGCCGGGGACACCCCUCCAGCUGACGGCCUCCACAAGCUAGAGAAGCCGGCCCCCAGCAAGCAGAAGGCUGAGCUGCGCUGGGGAGGGAGGUCUGGGGCCGGCCGUAGGGACGGACCAGGGGGAGAGAGGCCGGUACGCAGGUCUGGACCCAUUAAGAAACCUGUACUCAGAGACAUGAAGGAAGAACGAGAGCAGCGGGAGGAGAGAGAGCGACACCGUGAGAGAGGAGAAAAGGGGGAGAGACCCAAGAAGGAGGAGCGAGGAGAAGUGAAAGCUGCCUCCGCUGCUGCUGCGGUGUCUGAGGGCCCCAGGGACAGACCCCACGGGGAGAAGGAGAGGGACAGACCCCACGGGGAGAAGGAGAGGGACAGACCCCACGGGGAGAAGGAGAGGGACAGACCCCACGGGGAGAAGGAGAGGACAGACCCCACGGGAGAAGGGAGAGGGACAGACCCCACGGGGAGAGGGACAGACCCCACGGGGAGAGGGACAAGGGACAGACCCCACGGGGAGAGGGACAGACCCCACGGGGAGAGGGACAGACCCCACGGGGAGAGGGACAGGGACAGACCCCACGGGGAGAGGGACAGGGAUGGGAAGAGUGAGGCCCCUGAGACAGAGGGGUCUGGGAAGGGCCCCCAGAAAUCCAGAGAUACACAUGCCCCGAUACCAGCCUCCCAGGACGACAAGACAGACCAACUACCGACCCAUGACAAAAACCCUGAACCUAAAUUACCCUCUAGGAAGGAGCCCAACCUCCCCCCACGGACCUACCGCCGUGAGGAGAGGGAAAGAGACCAGGAGAGAGAGAUGGAAAGGGACAGAGAGCGAGACUGGCCGGCUGAUGGUUUUAGAGGCCGAGGCAGAGGGGAGUACUACUCUCGAGGACGGAGUUUCCGGGGGACUUACAUUGGUCGAAGUAGAGGUGGCCGGGGUCGUAGUCGAUGGGAGUACCCUUAUCAGGAGCCGCGCUCGCGCUCAGACUUUCCUGCCGUCAGUGGCGCUGCUGCCUUCCGCUGCCGUGAAGAGAGCGAGACGCGCAGCGAGAGCUCAGACUUCGAAGUGAUGCCCAAACGCAGACGGCGUCGUGGUUCCGAUACCGACUCAGAGAGCGAAGGAGGACGGGAGUCCGCUAGCGACACUGGGGCUUCAGACCGUGAGCCCAGUGCCAAACCACCCCGAUCGCUCCGCAGUGAAAUACCAGGAGAGCCCCGCUCUGGACCACACAAACCUGGCUUCGGACCCCAUCACCUGGGGGAGAAAGGAGGGCCCAGAGGAGGAGACGAGGGAAGGCCCAAGCCAGGCUUCCUGCCCAAAGGAGAUCCUUCACGGCGGGGGAGAGGGGGACUGUACAGCAGGCGAGGGGGAGCCAGGGAGAGAGGAGGUCCUAGGUCAGCUCCUCUCAGACGACCAGGAACUAGAGAGUCGUCCUCCCAGUGGCCCUCUAAACCCAUGGAGACCUUCCGCCCCGAGGACACAGAACCCUCGUCAUCACGCUAUGACAACUGGGACCACCACUCUGACCGACGGCCCGUUCGAGGAGACAGAGACCGACAGUUCGAGGGGAAGAAGUUUGGGGAGGGGGGACCCCAGAGUAGCAGAGACAGAGAGAGGCCCCGUCGCCCUCGGCCAGCCCGACCCCCCAGACAGGACAAACCCCCCCGCUUCCGAAGGCUGAAGGAGAGAGAGGCUGCAGUCUUAGCUGGAGGAGACACAGGACCAGGACCCACCUCCACUGCCCCCGUCCCAGCCUUAGUGCCUGGCCCUGUCUCCCUGUCCCCUACCCUCUCCAGAGCUUCAGGGACCCCUGUCACCAUGCCUGUAGAGGGGGGACCCACAGCCGCUGACCUGCACCUGACCUCUGACCCAGCCCUGCCUGAUGCCACCCCUCCCACCACCUCUGCCAUGGGCACCAAGUCACCUGACUUUUCCAACCAGAACUCUUCUGACCAGGCCAACGAGGAGUGGGAGACGGCGUCGGAGAGUAGUGACUUUAACGAGCGUAGAGAACGGGAGGAGAGGAGGGGAGCGCGGGAGGCUGCUAGUGGCACUGCCCAGCCCUCGACACCAGCCCCCCUACCCCCUCAGGGCUCAGCACCCCCCAGUAGGACCCCCACCGAGGGAGGGGUGACACCCAAACGCGAGGCAGCCGGGCCCGCCGGGGGCAGGAGGAGUUUCUCCAGUCAGCGUCCGGUGGAGAGGCAGAACCGCUGGGGGAACAGCGGACCCAAACCAGGCCGCGGCUACGCAGGGGGGAAGGGAGAGAGGCGAGGAGGUGGCAAGGCUGGACGCAGAGGAGCGGCCCCAGACUCAGCCCCAGGUGGGGGAGUGGUGCGUACUGGGGGUAAAGACCCUGCUGGACGCAGGAAGGACGAGACCAAACAGAAACCCAAGGAGAAGGAGAACGCUCUGUUGCAGUUUGACCUAAACAACUAUGCCAGUGUGGUGAUCAUAGAUGACCAUCCAGAGGUGACAACCUUAGAGGACCCCCAGUCUAACACUACAGAUGACGGCUUCACUGAGGURGUCUCACGCAAACAACAGAAACGACUACAGGACGAGGAGAGGAGGAAGAAAGAGGAGCAGACUACACAGCACUAUGGGAAGAAAGGAUCAGGGGAAAAGGGGAGAGGAGGAAGCAAGCUGCCACCAAGAUUCGCCAAAAAACAGCAGCAGCAUCAUCAACAAGCAUCACAACAACAACCACAGCAAGCCUCACAGCCACAGCAGCCCUCACCUCCCCCCCAACAACCCCAGCCCCUCCUAUCUGCCUCCCAGCUCCCUCCCCCCUCCCAGCCUGCUGCCUCUCCCCAGACUCUGGAAGGCUCUGUGGCCACCCUACCCCCCGCCCCUACCCCCACCACUGUGGACUUCAUCUCCAAGACUCCCCUUCCCUCUGUGGCCCUGCUCACGCAGCCCCACAGCACUCUCGGUACGGAACUCUGGGAGAACAAGGUGACCGGAUCCACCAUACUCCCUGACGUCAAGAAACUUGGACCGAUCAGCCCUCCUCAGCCUCCUUCAGUCAGUGCCUGGAACAAACCUCUCACCUCCUUCACUGGGACUGUCACUCCUGAGGGAGUGAAGCCUGGCUCAGAAGGCAGUGUGGAUCUAGGGAUGGACAGUAUCCAGUUUGGAGCCCCGUCCUCAGCUGGCAGUACAGACAGCGAUGGUGUACCAGCCAUGCUUGAGCCUGGACCUGACAACAAACUACCUGCUCCUAAAGAACAGAGACAGAAACAGCCCCGUGCUGGACCUAUCAAAACACAGAAGCUCCCUGACAUGGAGCCAGUAGAGCCUAAGGAGUACAAGCCUGGCCCUAUUGGUAAAGAACGCUCUCUGCGUAACCGCAAGGCUAAGGACGUCCGUGUGGGGGGGGAAGAAUGUCUUGAUGGGGGGAUAGUACCAGGAGGAGGGACCAACAGAGCAGUAGAUUCCAGCCCCCCCAACACAGACACCUCUGUUCCUGAGCUAGGGGGCGAUAUCGAGGGGAUGAUCACCAUACCCUCGGCUGAGUACGCCAGCAGCUCCAAGGAGUCAGUGACCGACUACACCACCCCCUCUUCCUCUCUGGCUGACAGCGUUCCUACUGGAGGGAGUAAGAUGGAGGAGAGCCUGGUGGCCAACGUGGCCCUGCCUCACCCUCUCCCUCGUAGAGAGGCCUUACAGCAGAGCUCCAGCCUCAGUACUGUCUCUCCUGCUUCUGUUGACCUCACACUGAAGAUGGAGUCAGCCCGUAAAGCGUGGGAGAACUCCCCCAGCCUGGUAGAAAAGAGUUCUCCUGUCACCUCUUCUCCCAUCACCUCCUGCACCUCCUCCUCCUACUCCUCCUUCUCCUCUGUCUCCAUGCCUCAGAUACCAGUAGCCUCUGUCACACCAAGCACUUCUCUGACAGGUGCUGGGACAUACACCACGUCCGCUCUGAGCACUAAGACCACCACGGCCUCUGACMCCCCCAACAUCUGCAAGGUGAAACCCCAGCAGCUGCAAACUGGAUCCAUGGGCGGGACCAGCUUCUCCCAGCUGGGCUGUGUGGCCCCCUUGCUGCCCCAGCAGCAACAGACUCCACAGGUUUACGUCUCCCAGUCUGCAGCAGCCCAGAUUCCAGCGUUCUACAUGGACACCAGUCACCUGUUCAGCAACCCCCACUCCCGCCUGGCACCUCUGACACAGCACCAGCAGCAGAGCUACCAGCCUAGACUCUCACAGCAGGCGGCGGUGCAGCAGAUUCCUAUCCCAAUCUAUGCUCCCCUACAGGGGCAGCACCAACACACACACACACACUCUCACCAGGCCCAGCUAAGCCUCAGCACCGGACCUCCCGUCUCCCAGCCACAGGACCUCUUCAGCUCUUCACUGCAGCCUUAUAGAUCACAGCAGGCCUUUAUGCAGAGCAGUCUGUCCCAGCCCAGUCCCAUGAUGUUAUCAGGGCCAUCUCUCCACAGCUACCCUGGUGUUGGGGGCCAUGACCUGGGCAAGCCCCAGUCCAGCCUGGCCUACCAGCAGCCCUCCAACACACACACACAACACAUCCCCAUCCUGUUUGAACCACAGCUCAACCAGCCCUCUGGCAUGGGAGGAUCCCAGCUGAUAGACACACACCUACUGCAGCGUCAGGGGAUGAGUCCACAUUCUAACCUGUACUCAGGACAGGUGCAACAACACGGACAGAGCAGUUACUAUAGUAACACACAGUCUCCUAGCUCUGCCAUGCAGCAGGUGCAAGUCCCUAUGCCAGGCUCCCAGCUCGGUCUUCCUAACUAUGGUUCCGGGGGCAGCCAGCCCCUCCUGGCUCUGCCCCCCACCCCUCCCCAGGCCCAGCCCCCCUUAGGUGUAGCUCCUCUGGUGCGCCCUCCCUCCCACACCCAGCAUGCUAACUCAUUUGGUGGAGGGAUGCAGCGUUCGCCUAUGGGUCCACCCCCCAUGUCUCCCUCUCUGGGAGGGGGUUUGAUGCCUCACCCCCGGCCGCCACCGCAGCAGCAGCAGUUCCCCCAGAUGCACCCCUCCCACCCCCCUAGAGGGCCUCUUCCCCCCCUCGCACCUAGAGGCCCUACAGGUCCCCGAGGCAACCAGGCAGAGCAGGACCUCAAGGCGAAGCAGCGAGCUGAGGUGCUCCAGUCGACUCAUAAGUUCUUCUCAGAGCAGCUCAAGGCUCCGUCAGUCUCCAAACCCUCUCGUCUCGACCAGGGGGGUGGCAAACCCCCCCUCGACAUCCUGCCCCCCAACCACCAGACGGUGGGAGUCGUGGAGCGCCCUGAACCCGACAAACCCUCCCUGUUAGCGGGCAAACCCAUCCGCACUGGCCCCAUCAAGCCCCAGGCCAUCAAACAAGAGGAGGGGAAGUAGAGCCUCACACAUCUCCACAGAUGGAGGGAUGGGGGAGAGAGAUGAUCCAGCUGCUCCACAUAUUCAUGCAAUCACUCACACACACAUCACCCUCUCUGGUGUUAGAGGUGGAGAAAGAGAGGAGAGGUGGGGGUGUAUAAGUCAAUGGUUACUGAGGGGGCUACUGUGUGUGUGUGUGUGCUCCAACCUCAUCUCUUCCCUUCUCCUCUCUUGUCCUCCCCUAUUGGGGGUAUGUGUGUGAUUUUUAGCCCCGCCUCUUGUAAUUUGGGUGGGGUGGAAGAUAGCAAGCUGUACUUCAAAUGUCUACUAAGAUGGUAAAAAAAGAUUGAAUGGAGAAAAAAGAUUUGCCAGUUUGCCAUUUUUAUAGCCCUAGGAUUUCUGUUCCUUUGUUUUUCACAAUAGAAUCCCAUUAUUAGGAGGACAGGGCUGUUAUUUUUGUUAACAGGAGAAUCAAGCAAUCUUUUGUUUUUGUAGUUGGAUCAAACAAUCUUAUUUAAAGAAGUAUUUUAGUGAAGCACAGACACGUUCUAUUCCUCUGCCGGUCUUCCAUCCAUCAUUGCUAACACACAGCUGUGUGAGUGUAUACAAGCUUGUACGAUCACCACACACACAAACUCCCUCUAGCGCUCAACGCUUUCACCAAUAUUCACUAAAGAGAGAAACUAUGAAAUCAGGGUUUGUCUCGAAAGGAAAUGUAAGAUGCAGCAGUUGAUUGAUUUAAUUGAUUAGUCUGCCUUUUCUCUUGCUCGCAUCUCUUUGCCUGAGCGGAAUGAUAAAGGUGGUGUUUGUGUGUGUUUGCGUGUGGCACACGGGAGGCCACUGCCCGGUUCUCUCCUGUAUCUUUAGCCAAAGGUUAAGCGUGCAAAGAUGAUUUCACAGAGCCUUGAGAAUCCCUGUUGUUAGUGUGUGGAAGGGGAGUUAUUAUGAGCUGUCUGUAAAUGGACAGCCAGACCCUGAAUUCAGUCAGAGCUUUCCUCCCCCGUGCCUCCCGAGAGAGAGAGAGGAGGAUGGAAUACCUCUUCACCACUGCUCACACACCCAUCGUCACGGUGUCUCACACACUCACUCACUUGCCUGUAGGGCACCCAACCCUGCUGCUACUAACAGAAAGGGAGUGAGUACUAGUUCAAAACUGUAGAAACAAAACAGUGUGGCUUUUUGUUAACCCUCACCAAGAGGGAAAGGGAGACCGAAGGGGGAGAAAUAAAACAAAAUUAGAAAUAGCUUUGUGUUCGACUGCUGCAUUUCAGGGCAGAAGGACAGGUGUUAGUGUUGAGAGGAGAGAUUAUUCCUGUCUCAUCUCACUUCCACUCACUCAAACCUACACCACUCUCUCAUCGCUGGUUUACCAUGGUGACAAGGGUCCUUCAGAAAUGUACAGUAGUAUGCUCCACUAGUGGGGAGGGGUCUACCCCCUCCCCUAACCAGAACACGGGAUGAGGAACCUUGUGUAGGACAGAGUGGGGGGGUAAUUGGUUUGUUUUUUCUUUUACUUGUACAGGGGGUACAUCGCUGUAUUAAAAUAUGUACGGUCUUACAUUCUUGGUUUUAGUUAAGAAACUAAUAAAAUAAUAUGCUGUUUAAAAAGUA